AACCCAACACAGUCAUGAGUGCAAAAAUGUUAAUGGAGGAACGGGAUCUCGUUUGUUCUCCGCAAGUGCAUAAUAUUGUUCAAUUUUUCACAGUAUUAUCACCGAAAUUGCCAAUUCAAUAGCACCUGUGAUGAUUCAUUACAUCCGUGGGCGUGCCAAGCAAGUGGAGUUCUAACCGUAAUCGACGGGUUGAAGUGGAAAAUCGUGGAAAACGAAGUGGGUGGUGUAAUUAUAGUGCGAACUGCAGGAGGAAGACCAACAAUAACAAAAUUGGAAUUUAGCUGGCAGGAAUUUUGGUUCCCCGAGCCACGGUGGACAUUGCGAGGAUGAGUUCGACAGGUGUUCUACCCUUUGUGCGGGGAAUCGAUUUCACCUUCAAUGAUUUCAGCGAUGGAAGAUUCCCGAAGAACAUCAAACACAUGUCCGGCGUGCAGUGGCUCAAGCUGGACCGGACCGGGAUCGACGAAAUUCCGGAGGAAAUGGGCAAACUGAUGAAGCUGGAACAUCUCUCGAUGAAGAACAACCAGUUGGAAAAACUUUACGGCGAACUGACCGAGCUAAACUGUCUGCGAUCGCUGAAUAUGCGGAGAAAUAACAUCAAGAGCUCAGGUAUACCGAAUGAAUUGUUCGACUUGGAGGAGCUUACGACGUUGGAUCUAUCGCACAAUAAGCUGAAGGAAGUGCCGGAGGGGCUCGAGAAGGCCAAAAGCCUUUUGGUGUUGAAUUUAAGCAACAAUCAGAUCGAAUGUAUUCCUCCGUCGUUGUUCAUCAAUCUAACCGAUCUGUUAUUCCUGGAUCUUUCGAGCAACAAACUAGAGACCCUUCCCCCACAGACACGACGUCUAUCCAAUCUGCAAACAUUGAUUCUUAAUGACAACCCCCUGGAGCUGUUUCAGCUCCGGCAAUUGCCUUCGCUACAGAACCUUGUAUGUCUGCAGAUGCGCAACACUCAGCGCACUCUGAACAAUUUCCCGACAUCAUUGGACAGCUUGACUAAUUUGCAAGAACUGGAUCUCUCCCAAAACGCUCUAUCCAAACUCCCGGAUGCUCUUUACAACCUGGGCAACCUAAAACGACUCAAUCUGAAUGACAAUGUGAUCCAGGAAAUUUCCCCUCUCAUCGAAAACCUCUCCAAACUGGAAACCCUGAACUUAUCUCGCAAUCAACUGGUCCUUUUACCCGCAACUCUCUGCAAGCUUCAAAACCUUCGACGGCUGUACGUCAACGAUAAUCAGUUAAACUUCGAAGGUAUCCCAUCCAGCAUCGGAAAGCUGGGUGCGUUGGAAGUAUUUUCUGCUUCCAACAACCAGUUGGAGAUGGUUCCUGAGGGGCUCUGUCGAUGUGGAUCGCUCAAGAAGUUGAAUCUAAGCUCGAAUAGGCUGAUCACACUGCCGGAAUCGAUUCACCUGUUGACGGACAUGGAACAGCUCGAUCUGAGGAACAAUCCCGAUCUGGUGAUGCCGCCAAAACCCGUUGAGGUUCAACGAGGCGACGGUCUGGCAUUCUACAACAUUGAUUUCUCGCUGCAGACUCAACUGAGGCUAGCAGGGGCCAAUGUGCCAGCACAAGCACAGGUGGCAAACAGCAGCAAGGAUCCAAUAGCCAGAAAGCUGCGACUCCGACGGGGUGCGAGAACCGAUUCUACCGAGCAGGAUUCGGCCAAGAUACUCAAAGGCAUGCAGGACAUUGCCAAGGAGAAGAACUCGCUUGGGUUCGAAGAUGAGAAGGCGGAAAACUUGAAACCGAAACGGUGGGAUGAGAGUUUGGAGAAGCCUCCGGUCGAUUACUCGGAAAUAUUCGAGGAGGAAGACGGACAGUACGUGGGAUUGACUAUAUGGGAGAUUGAAAACUUUCUGCCGAAUAAGAUCGAGGAAGCAGCGCAUGGGAAAUUCUACGAAGGCGAUUGCUAUAUUGUGCUGAAGACGUCCCACGACGAUGCUGGGCAGUUGAGUUGGGAGAUCUUCUUCUGGAUUGGCACAAAAGCGACGCUGGAUAAGAGGGCUUGUGCGGCGAUCCACGCAGUGAACUUGAGAAACUAUCUAGGGGCGCGAUGCCGAACAAUUCGCGAGGAACAGGCGGACGAAUCAGACGAGUUCCUGGCCCUGUUCGAUACCGAGGUGGCGUAUAUCGAAGGCGGCCGAACACCAACCGGAUUCUACACGAUUGAAAACUUGGUAUACAUCGUACGGUUGUACAGGGUUCACGAUGCGGGUGCGAACAUCCACCUGGAACCGGUCGAGGUCACUUACGAAUCCUUGGAUCCGGGAUAUGUGUUUCUUCUAGAUACCGGUUUGCAGAUUUUCGUGUGGUACGGAUGCAGAUCCAAGAACACGCUCAAGUCCAAGGCACGUCUGAUAGCGGAGAAGAUCAACAAAAACGAGCGCAAGAAUAAGGCAGAAAUUUUCCAGGAAUACCAAGGCAGCGAAGGGGUAGAUUUCUGGAAGGCUUUUGGUUUCUCGGAUGGACAAGGGCCAGGCGUGAAGCCAUCUAACCACGUAGAUCCCGACUUCCUACCCAUUCCAGCAAGGCUGUACCAAAUCCAACUUGGUAUGGGCUAUCUGGAGUUGCCGCAGGUGGAAAUACCCAACAAGACACUACACCACACGAUCCUGAACAGCAAAAACGUGUACAUCUUGGACUGCUAUCUGGAUCUUUUCGUGUGGUUUGGCAAGAAAUCGACUCGUUUAGUACGAGCAGCAGCAAUCAAGCUCUCGCAGGAGUUGUUUAACAUGAUUGAACGGCCAGAAUAUGCCUUGAUUACCCGUGUCCAAGAAGGCACUGAAACGCAAGUAUUCCGAUCGAAAUUCACCGGUUGGGAAGAGAUAAUCGCCGUGGACUUUACUCGAACAGCCCAAUCGGUUGCACGGACAGGAGCCGAUCUUACCGGAUGGGCCAAAAAGCAGGAAACGAAAGCGGAUCUGGCUGCGCUGUUCAUGCCAAGGCAACCUGCCAUGACGUUGAUCGAGGCACAGCAGCUGGCCGAUGACUGGAAUUACGACUUGGAUGUCAUGGAAUCGUUUGUACUGGAAGGCAAGAAGUUCGUCCGGUUACCAGAGGAAGAGCUCGGCAUAUUCCACACCGGCGAGUGCUACGUAUUCCUUUGCAGAUAUUGUCUGCCGGUAGACGACGACGAGGACGAAGAGGAAACGGAUACCGUAGAUAAUGUGGGCAACGGAAAGCUGAAACCCUCGUCGGCACAAGCUCCGGCCGAAGAGAUCCAGUGUGUGGUUUACUUCUGGCAGGGACGCGAAGCCGGCAACAUGGGUUGGCUAACGUUCACCUUCACGCUGCAGAAAAAGUUCAAGUCCAUGUUUGGCGAGGAGUUGGAAGUGGUACGGAUACAUCAGCAGCAGGAGAACCUCAAGUUUAUGUCGCACUUCAAGGGUAAGUUUGUCAUCAAGAAUGGUCGACGGAAGGAGCGGCAGAAAACGCCGGAGGGUAAGCAGCCGGUCGAGUUCUACCAUUUGCGUUCCAACGGGAGUGCUCUCUGUACGCGCUUGAUUCAGAUCAGGACGGAUGCGACACUGCUCAAUUCGGCGUUCUGUUACAUACUAUUUGUACCGUUUGAAACGGAUGACGAUUCAGAAUCGGGUAUUGUGUACGUGUGGAUCGGCUCAAAAACGACAUCCGAGGAGUCCCGUUUAAUCCAAGAGAUCGCCGAAGAUAUGUUCAAUAAUCCUUGGGUCAGCUUACAGAUCCUCCACGAAGGCGAAGAACCGGAGAACUUCUUCUGGGUGGCACUGGGCGGUCGCAAACCGUACGAUACCGACGCCGAGUACAUGAACUACACCCGGCUGUUCCGUUGUUCGAACGAGAAGGGCUACUUUACGGUAGCAGAGAAGUGUUCCGACUUCUGCCAGGAUGACCUAGCCGACGACGACAUCAUGAUCCUGGACAAUGGCGAUCAGGUGUUCCUGUGGUUGGGCUCACGCUGCAGCGAGGUGGAAAUCAAGCUGGCCUACAAAUCCGCACAGGUUUACAUCCAACACAUGCGCAUCAAACAACCGGAACGGCCGCGAAAAUUGUUCCUCACGCUGAAGAAUAAGGAAUCGAAACGAUUCACUAAGUGCUUCCACGGCUGGAGCGCGCACAAACGACCCCCGGAGUAGGAACUCCUGUGGGAUCGAACACAAAACAGGAGACAAACGCACCAAUGCGACGAGACGGUACGGAAGGAGGGAUGUGAAAUCUAUAGUGUAUGCAAUAGGCAAGAAUGUACUUAAUUUUUCGAAAUUGUAUUUAUUUAUAACUAUUAUUCGAGUUUGCAAUCGGUACUGGCCAAGUUGUAAGUUCGGUUGCCUUAUGCGCGGUUUGUUAUGCAGUGCAAAUUAUGCUUUCAUGUAUAAUUCAAUUGGACAUAUUUUUUAUAAUUGGUUAACAUUUGUUAUCAACUUUCAGAAUGAAAUUAGAGUUCUGUAAAUAAACUUUUACGUCAAAACAAUCGUUCCUUUAUAUUGAUCCAAGGCGAAUAGCAACUCGAAACAGUUAAUUGUUUCUAGCUCUAAAUUGAAUAUACAGUUGCGGACAAACGAUAAGGCCACCUCAGUGAAAAAAGUUUACUUCUCUGAAAGAUCAGUAUAGCACAAUCAAAUCAAAAUCAUUCAUGACUUCGAUUCUAUUUAUUAUCAUUAUGGAAUACCCCGACUAUGUUUAAGAGUUACCUAGAAUGUAUACGUCACUGAAUCGAACAGUAUGUGUGGAUUAAACUUAAGGCGGCGUGUAUACCAUGUACCCCCAAUUAGAACUUUAAACGUAAUCUAAUGAGCCAAACACUUUUUUUUUUCAAUUUCAGUUGAAUAUUUGAACGAAUGAUAAGUCACAGAUUUUUAUUAACUUCUGAAAUAUGUUUCAUAUACGUCAUCCUGUGACUUAUCUAUUCUAAGUAUUCUAGAAAUUGAAAAAAAGCAUUGUUUGUCCACUACGAUAAUGAAUGGAAUCGAAUUCAUGUAAAAUUUUGAUAUGAUAUAGCUUUUCUGUACUAGUCUUAUUGUUUUGUAUAUCAUGUUUUCCUCAAUUAUAAAUUUCUCCAUUUUUCCUUGCCUCGUUAAAUAUUUUGCUUUAUAGAAUUCUGAAUUGAUAAGAAGGGUCAUACCAUUAAAGAACAGAAACAAAAACUUUAAAUUUUCAGAAAUAAAACUUAAAUAACCAAUGAGUUAUACUUGUUUGGCUUAGCUGAUCUUAUUGUUUGGUCUGAAACUGUAUUUAAGCUUUAUUUUGCUUUCAUCAGUAAUUUUAAGUGCAACUAUAUUAUAUACAUGUACAAUUAUACUAAAACUU